GAUGCUGUGAAGGGAGUAGCGCAGAGACGCGUAGAAGUGACGCGCAUGUCAACGGCAGCAUCUAGGUGUUUUCUCUCUGUCCAGCUGAUUCUCCACCGAGCCGGCUUCACUAACUUACUACCUGUCUAGCUAUAGGAAUCCAAAAUGACGACUGCACCAUACAACUAUUCCUACAUUUUUAAAUAUAUCAUCAUCGGGGACAUGGGCGUGGGGAAGUCAUGCUUACUCCACCAGUUCACCGAGAAGAAAUUCAUGGCAGACUGCCCUCACACCAUUGGCGUGGAGUUUGGCACACGUAUCAUGGAGGUGAGUGGACAGAAGGUCAAACUGCAGAUCUGGGACACGGCUGGACAGGAGCGGUUCAGAGCCGUCACCAGGAGCUACUACAGAGGGGCCGCAGGAGCACUGAUGGUGUAUGACAUUACCAGGAGGAGCACAUAUAAUCACCUAAGCAGCUGGCUGACUGAUGCUCGAAACCUCACCAACCCAAACACCGUCAUCAUCCUGAUUGGGAACAAGGCAGAUCUGGAGGCCCAGAGGGACGUUACGUAUGAGGAGGCCAAGCAGUUUGCUGAGGAGAACGGUUUGCUGUUCCUAGAAGCUAGUGCAAAAACUGGUGAGAACGUGGAGGAUGCUUUUCUGGAGGCUGCCAAGAAGAUCUACCAGAACAUCCAGGAUGGGAGUCUAGACCUGAACGCUGCAGAGUCGGGGGUGCAGCACAAGCCCUCAGCACCACAGGGGGGGCGACUGGGCAACGAUGCCCCCUCCCCGAAGGAGGGCUGCAGUUGCUAGGGACAUAAAAUUAUACACACACACACACACACACACACACACACAAACACGCACACACUUGCAUACAAGCGUCCUGUCCCCCUUACACACACACUCACACCCACCUACCUUGUCCCACAUCGGUGAAGUCCUAUGGGCAACAGAAAGUCCUAAGUACUUACUUUUCCUUUUUGGACCUCCUACCCCCAGUUUCCCUCCCUCUCUCUCUCACUUUCUCUUUCCCUCUGUCACUCUGGAGAUGAGACCUCUUUCAUGUGUGUGUGUGUAAGGGGGGGGGGGGGUGUGGGUCAGAUGAACAUGUAACUGGAGUCCUCAGUGCUGUUGACAUGAGUGACUUUUUUUCUUUCCUUUCAAAUUUUUGUUUCCUCUUUUGUAAGACCUUUGCUUAAAUUAUUCUGGCAGAUGCAGUUCUGAGGAGGGGGGGUGGGUGGGGACAUAGACAUAUAUAGAUCUAUAUAUGUCUAUGGGUGGGGAGGGUAGGCAUUUUCUCUGAGGGGUGGGGGUGGGCAGGGAGGCCAGGCAUUAUCUCUGAGGAGGUGUUGCAGGGGGGGGGGGGCAGGCAUUACCUCUGAAGAGCCGUUUGUGUUUUAAAGUGGAUUUUAACCCUCAAGGCAUGAUGGCCGCCGUGGGCUACAUAUGUAACUCCACCACAGCCCUGUUGGAGUACUUGUAAAAUAAAAGUCUUUGUGAUUAAUUAGUAGAGUUUUAACUCCUGUAACAGAUUCAGUAAUAUAUGAAGAACGCCCCAGAGGGCAGUCUUUGCACUUUGUAACGGUGAGGCAGGAAGAGAGGUGCACACUUCCAGACCAUCUCCAGACUCACUGCAUAAAGAGGGGCCCCGCGCUGGUCUUAAUCCUGAACUUUAACCCUUAACCCCUAAACCGCUCACUUCCUGCUGUCUGGCUGGGCCUUCUCCGCUCACUCUGACUCUGUUAAAGGUGUGUGUGUGUGUUCCUGUAGCAUAAUACGUGUGGGUGGGUGUGUAUGAUCUCUGAUCUGUAGCAUCAGUGGUUUAUAUGGCUCUGUUGCUGUUGGAAGAUAGCAACCUGUCUCUAGUGCUCUCUUGGACUGCCGGGGUUAUGCCGAUGGGAAUCAGAGAGGAAUAAGUCCAGGAGAGGGGUGUGAGUGUGUGUGUGUGUGUGUGUCUAGCAGAGAUCUCAGGCCCAUAUAAUGUCCCACCUGCAUGAGGCCUGCCGAAGCUCGUCAUAUCACCUUCGUUUGUUUUUAUUUUGUCUCCCUCCGAUAACGUCAUUUCUGUUGCCUUAUUCUGAACACCAUUGAAUCCAGAAAUCUGUAUUUAUAAAUAAAGCGUCGUCCCAAACCCGAAAAAGGAUCCACGGGCCGCCAGUAAACGCACUGGACAGAGGCAGAACUCGCUGACGACCCCUAGCUGACCUUUAGAGACCAAAAGAGACUUUAAAGCUGACCUGUAGAGACCAAAAGGGGCCGACCAAACCAACACUACAGUCACGAACGGUUCAAACGCAUUCAAGUCGAACUGAUGCAGAGCCAGGGGCGGGCAGGAGGCUGACAUAUAUGCAUCUCGAUUCUGAAUAUUUCUAUUCAAUUUGUAUCAUGUUGUAAUAAUAGAUGUAUUUUAAGUCACGUUGAAGAUUGAAAUAUGUGAUUCUCCAAGGAAGGAUAGAAAAUUAGUUUUUUUUAUUUUAAUCCUGUUGAUUUUUUUUCUCCAUGUAUUGGUGAUCACUUAUGUGAUUCACAACAUCAAAGCAAAUAUAUUAACCAUGAAAAUCUGUUAACUUUGGAAUGUCUUCUGUAAUUGACAUUGGUUUGUAUUAAUAUUGUUAAUAAAGACAGUGCUGUAAAUGCUGGUUA